GAGAGAGAGAGAGAGAGAGAGAGAGAGAGAGAGAUUGCUCUUAUAACAGUAAGUAGGCACUCCUUCUUUCUUUAUCUCCUGCUCCAUUUCUUCCACACACACACGCAAGACAAAUAAAAAGCUCGAACCUCGAUGGCUGAUAUAAAUGGAACGCGGUCUCUCGGCCCUCCCACCAACUCCAGCAGCACUUGGCAAGAUGAGGCAGUGAGAGGGAUCCAAAUCACAGCUACUCUGCUCAUCUUCCUGGUGGGGGUCCCUCUGAACAUGCUGGUGGUUUGGGCACUCGGAAUGCGGCAUAACCGUCACCUGGUUCGCAGAGGCAGCAGUGAGGAGACCCGUGCAGCUAGCAGUUUCCGUAUUUAUGUCCUGAACCUGGCCCUGGCCGACCUGGUGUUGGUCCUGCGUAGCCCCCUCAUGUUGGGCUACGUUGCUUACAACUACAGUUGGCCAUUUGGCCGUGUCUUCUGCCACCUGAUCAUGUUCCUGCGAGGAUUGGGGUUAUACGCCUCUGCCUUCCUCCUCUGUGCUGUGGCCUUGGAGCGAUGCCUAUGUCUGCUGAGGCCCGUGUGGGCUCGACUGCGACGGCCCUCCUGGGCUGUCCCAUUGGCCUGUGGUCUCUUAUGGCUGUUAGCUGUGGUCUUGUCUGCCCCUUACCUCCACAGCGCUGUCCUUGUGGAAAAAAACGGGACAUACCAGUGCCUGGAGAGCAAUAAGUUUGACAUGGCCUUGUUUCUCACAGAAACGAUAGCUGGUUUUAUCUUGCCGUUGCUGGUGUUUUUGGGAAGUAACCUGGCUGUUAUGCUCAGCGUUCGGCAAGCAGUACCAUCAACACCUACUUCCACCCUCAACCCUUCAACCGCCCGCAGGAUGACCAGGAUGUACCAUGUGCUCUUCAUCACCAUGCUCCUCUUCCUUACAUGUUGGGUGCCAUAUUUUGUUUGUAGGUUUCUGCUGGCCUUGACCCACGGACGCAAAGAAAGUGCUGCGCUGCAUAAAGCCGCUUUUAUUGGCAAAUACAUCUCUCUGUUCCUGGUGUACUUCAAGAGUGGUCUUAACCCUGUGCUGUAUGUGUUUGCAGCCCGAGGCUUAAGUCGUGCUAUCAAAGCUUCACUUGUCUCCACCAUUGAACGGCUUUUCAAUGACGACUCCUCAGAGUCCAUACGAAGGAAGUCACUUAAAAACUCACUUAAGAACUCACAGCUAUAGAUGAGAGGUCAAUGACAGGUCAAUGAUUUUACAAGUUACAAUCAUAAAUGUUGAUCAAUCAAAAAUGUAUUAAUUACUUUUAACUGGUUUUCUCCAUUUGUGAAAUUUGCUUAUAUCGCCCAAAAAGUGAGCUGUGUAAAUAAAGUAAAGUUUAAAAGGCACUAGUAUUUUUCAAAGCCAAAGCAAAUGGAGAAAUAGGUAAAUGACAUUAUUAGAGAUAUAAUCAUUGAAGCAAAGGUGAUUGGUGCUGAAUCAUUCUUUGAUUACUUCCCCAUGCCACGAACACUUUCUAACAUGACAUGUAUCACCAAUGGAUGGGAUGUGUCAAAGACAACUCUUAAGCGCUAUAGAGGUGUCAAGUGGACCAUAAGUGAAAAACAAGAACCAGUGUUUCAGAAUUUUAAAGUUAUGUGGACAUGAAUUUAUCUAGAUGAAUGAAGACUUCAAAAAUGUUUGUGCUUCUGUUGAGGCACGCCGAGGGCAGGGUCAUGAUUAGGCAUGAAGUUUAUGAAUCAUCUUCCGUUUAUUAGAAAAACGCCUUUAUUGUAAACAAGUUGGCAGGGCCAGUUUCCUGGCCCUGGGACAACGUUUGUCAUAAAGAUCCUAGAGAUAAAGCGUGAUUAAGCUUGCAUGUGCUGCCUCAGUAUGGUCCAAGGAACGUGUUACUGAAUACAACAGCGAUCUGAGUCAUUGUUGAACUCAUGUUUAAGGCCCUCGUUCACAUAUCUAGUAUUCUUUGUGCCGAGUGAACCAAUGAAUGUAUGUAUGUAUGUAUGUAUGUAUGUCUAUAGACUGUUAGGACUGAAGCAGGAAAUAAAUAUAUCACAGGCUUAUUAUUUCAUGGUGAAUGUACAAAACAGAUUUACUAUUGUUGUUAAUAAAAAGCACGCCUAUUUUCAUUGUUGACAUGUGAAAACUGUUAUUAAUUGUAGCACUUUACAUUUAUUUUCUUUCUGCAUUAAAACAAAAAUAAAAGUCUAUUUCUUGAAA